CUCAACAUUCUUGGUAGCUUUGCAGAUGGAGGAAGAGUGCGUCACCUGAGCUUCGACAAAACGGGCCUUGCUGUGGUCGCUCUGCUUGAUCGAUCAAUGCGAGGGGCUUGGCAUGAUUUCUUGUUGUGAAGUAGCAGACGCCUCAUGGUGUGGAGCUUUCGGAGAGGAAUUCGGUGUGAAGUUGCGGCUUUGUGAGGCAUCUUGGACGAAUCGGGGGUUUUAUGAUUGAGAGCGAGGGUGCCGAGGUUUCGAAAAACAUUUUUGAACUGGAUUUCUUUCUUUCUUUCUCUGUUUUGAUUUGCGAAGAAAAGCGCGUUUCUGCUCAAAAAUAUCGAGGAUUACGGGUUCAUAGUCUGUGAAGACUGAAGUUUCAUCGGCAAACGAAGUUUAGGUCAUCGUUUCGAAGUUUUGUUGCAGAGUUGCGAAGAUUUUCCUCCAAUGUUUUACACUAGCUGGCCAGUUGAUUGUUUUCAGCGUUAACCCUUUCACUGGAGUGGAGAGCAAGUGGAGAGCUAUUUGAGAGCGAAGCAGUUGCGAAAAUCGGUUGGAGGUUAAUUAUCUGGAUGUGCUUUGGUGAUAUACAUUCCAUUCGGUAUUGAUCAGAUAUGCUUCAUUAUCAAAAGUCAAGCUAUCAGUUGAGGAGAGAAUAGUAACAGCCUCAAGCUGUGGCGGAAUUUUAUCGUGGAUUGCGAUAUGCCCAAGAGGAUCUUUUUAGUCAAGUCAAGUUUGUUGUAUUGAGCGCUCAGGGGCCUAGAUCUAGAUCGGUAAUUCUGCUGAGUAUUGGUGCAAGUGUUGAACGACGGACAAUGUGGGAGAGAAGCUCUGAGAGCAGGGCAAAUUAGGGGAAUUGUGAGGACCUUAUGCCUCACCUUCUUUUGGUUCCUCGUGCAUUAUAUCUGGAAACCCAGGAGCUGCAGAUUGCUCUUUGAUUCCCCGAAGCUUUCCCUGGGAUACGUUUAUCUUGUCUUCAACAGCAAGUAGCGACUUGCAGAACCAAAUUGGUUGGAAAGCGUAGAAUCAUUUUUAGAAAAGUCGAAAAAGCUGUAGAGUUAGAAUUAGGGUUAAUAUCACGCUGUGUUCUUUAUGGUCCGAUGAUGUCCACAGGAAAUGGUAGCAGCAUGAACCCGAAGCCAGUCCCGGCAUGGCUCAACAGUGCAGCCUGGACAUCGAAGCCCAGGUCUCCCAUAAAGCCUUCAUAUUCCUUUGGCGAAAGAUCAAAUUCUGCUACGCUAAUGGAGCCAGUAGGCAAGUCAACGGGGGAUCAGGAAGAUCUAUUAAGUAGUAUAGCAAAGGUUGAGAAGGAGGUUGCAGCAACACAAGAAGAGAGUGAUGCAACUGGCUCGGCUACACAGCCUACUCAGAAUGCUGAUUACUCGGAACCCUCCUCAUACACUGACGAAAACAAAGUGGUAAAAAGCCCUUCGUCGUUUGAUUAUCGGGUAUCUCUUUUCAAUACUGAGUUGUCAAGGAGAAGAAUACACCUAGCAGAACUGCAACGUUUAACAUCCCAAGGAAUUCCUGAUUCUGGAGGCAUUCGAGCAAUUACUUGGAAGGUUCUGCUUGGUUAUUUGUCAAGAAAUAGAGAUGAUUGGGCUACGGAACUGGAGAAGAAGCGGGCCGCAUAUGCUGUUUUUCGGGAGGAGAUGAUAAUCAAUCCUUCGGAGGUUACUAGAAGAAAGGAGGAGAUGGAAGCCAUGAAGGCAGCAGAGCUGGAGGCAUUGGAAGGUCCUCUCCAGCGGCAUGAAAUUUCGCAUGAUGAUCACCCUUUGAGUCUUGGCAGCAAAAGUGUCUGGCAUCAAUUUUUCCAGGAUACUGAGCUAGCAGAGCAAAUCAACCGUGAUGUGAAGCGGACACAUCCAGACAUGCAGUUCUUUUGUGGAGACAAUGACUUUGCUCGAGAGAACCAAGAAGCACUCAAGAGAAUCCUGUUCAUUUUUGCUAAAUUGAACCCAGGAAUCCGCUAUGUGCAAGGGAUGAACGAAGUCUUAGCUCCGCUAUAUUAUGUGUUCAAGACUGAUAUUGAUGAGUUCAACUCGAAACAUGCAGAGGAAGAUUCUUUUUUCUGUUUUGUGGAGCUGCUGAGUGACUUCAGAGAUCAUUUCUGUCAGCAACUUGACAAUAGUGCUGUGGGGAUCCGGUCUACCAUAUCACAGAUGACUCAAUUGCUACGGAAGCAUGAUGAAGAGUUAUGGAGGCACUUAGAAAUCACUUCAAAGGUCAACCCCCAAUUCUACGCUUUCAGAUGGAUAACUUUGCUGCUAACGCAAGAGUUCAACUUUGCUGAUUCUCUUCGACUUUGGGACUCUCUUCUCAGUAAUCCCGAUGGUCCAUUGGAAAUCUUGUUGAGAGUUUGCUGCUCUAUGCUUCUCUGCUUGAGAAGCCGGCUUUUAGCAGGGGACUUUACAACAAACUUGAAGCUUCUUCAACACUAUCCAUCAGUUGAUAUCAACCAUCUUCUGAAAGUGGCUGAUGACUUGAAGGAGUUAAAGUGAGGUGCAAUCGGAGAUGGUAAACCACACUUGGAAUGAAAUGCUGGAUGUAUGGCUUCUUGAAUAAUGAAGAAUUGGUUAAAUGGGUCUUCAUUUCUGUUCGGGCAUGUGUAGACUGUCUUGUAAUAGCCAUCAGAAAGUUGGAUGCAGUGGCAAGUCCUGCUGCGACAAGUUUGUUACCUGUGCUCGUUUUUUCCAUCUAUCUGCAGCAGUGACGUUGACUUGGGAGUUUCCCACGUGGCCCUUCUUCAAAGUAUCAAGAUCAAGGACGGAUAGUGGGCAAGCAGAUUAAUUGUCCGUUUGUUCGUUUCAUUCUUUGAUUUGUGAGUGGAUCACUCUCUUGGUUCUCAAGGGUCUAGCUAUUUACACAAGGCCCAUUUUCACCCAGAGUGAUUCUUGAUACAUCUAUUUGGGGAGGAAGCUCGCUAUAUUUAUGUACAGUUUUUGGUUGCUACUUGCGAUCAUGUAUUGUCUAUUGAGCACUGUUAUUCUAAAUUGUCUUUUAUUAGGUGUAAGCUGCAAUGAGUUACCUUACGAGAAAAUCUAUUUCUAUCAGUUUUCAAAUUGAAGUCGUGGACUAUUCUUCAA